GCCUGGAUCUGAGUUUGAUUUGACAAGUAGCUUUAGUUGGCUUUUUGUUCUCACUAGCUUGUGCUUCAUUAGUGCCAAUGAAGACUUGGAACCAUGCAUUGAUUUUGGUCAUAGUGUUUUGAUAAUGCUUUUGAAAGCAUCAGGUUUACUCGAAAAGAAGCAGUCUGAAAUAACCGAAGAAGGUGCCUGGAUGGUUGUCUAAGUCAACAUCUUAGACAACCAUCAAACUUAUCUUGUCUCCUUGUCUCCUUGUCCUGCAUCAUGGAAGAGCAGGAGAGCCUGCAGCAGGCGGAGCAGCGGUGUGUGCAUCUGGCUCAGGCCAGGCAGGAGCUGGAGGUGCAGGUGGUCGGGUUAGAGGAGCGUCUGGAGCAGGAGGAAGGUGCUGCUGCUCAGCUGGCUUCCCAGCGCCAGAGACUGGAGGUAGAGUGCUGUGACCUGCGCCGUGACCUGGAGGAGCUGGAGAACACACUGACUGCAGUCGAGCGGGACAAACAGUCGUCAGAUUCUACUGUAAGGAAACUCUCAGAGGAGCUCUGCCAGAAGGACGUGCUCGUGCAGAAGUUCCAGAAAGAGAAGGAUCAUUUGGUGGAGCUCAGCCAGCAAGCCAUCGAGGAUUUGCAGUGCGAGGAGGAGAAGGUGAACCUCCUGACCAAGGAGAAAGCCAAGCUGCAGGUGCACGUGGAAGAGUUGGAGUACCAGCUGGAUCAGGAGAGGAAGCAGCGCAGUGAUCUGGAGAGGAACAGGAAGAGGCUGGAGGGAGACAGUAAGAACACCAUGGAGAACCUGAGCGAGCUGGGCAAGAUGAGGGCAAGCCUGGAAGAGCUCAUCAAGAAGAAAGAUGUGGAGAUAAGUGCCACCAGCAGCCGGCUGGAGGCUGAGGAGGCAUUGAGUGCAGGGCUGCAGAAGAAGAAUAAGGAGUUGCAGGUCCGCAUUGAGGAACUCGAGGAAGAGCUGGAGGCAGAAAGAGCCAUGAGAGUGAAGGUGGAGAAGCAGCGGGCUGAUCUGACACGAGAGCUGGAUGAUCUGACAGACCGGCUGGAGGAAGCAGGAGGUGCUACAGCCUCUCAGAUGGAGAUGAAUAAGAAGCGUGAGGCGGAGCUGCAGAGGUUGAGGCGGGAGCUGGAGGAGUCCUCAGUGCAGGCUGAAACUGUGGCAGCGGCUUUGAGAAAGCGUCAUGGUGAUUCUCUGGCUGAGCUGGGCGAGCAGUGUGAGGGCCUGCAGAGAACUCGAGCCAAACUGGAGAAGGAGAAGCAGAACCUGCGACUGGAGGUGGACGAUCUAGCAGCCUCACUGGAUGCCCUGCAGAAGGCCAAGGCGUCCACCGACACACAGCUGAAGAAACUGGAGGACCUGCUGUCUGAGGCCAACUCCAGAAAUGAGGACAUGCAGAAAGCCCUGACUGAGGUGACUGUGGCAAAGAACAGACUGACAGCUGACAAUAAUGAACUGAGCAGGCAGCUGGAGGAGGCCGAGAACAAGGGCAGCCAAUUGAGUCGCUCUAAAACUCUGAUAGUGACGCAGCAUGAGGAGCUGAAGAAGCAGUUUGAUGAGGAGUUCAAGAGUAAAUCAGUGCUGAGCAGCAGUUUGACGACAGUGCGGCAGGAUUUUGAGGCGCUGAAGGAGCAGCUGGAGGAGGAGCAAGAGAGCAAACUGGAGCUGCAGCGUCUCGUCUCCAAACUCAACAGCGACGUCACACACUGGAGGAGCCGUCAUGAGGCUGAUGCCAUCCAGCACGGCGACGAACUGGAGGAAGCCAAGAAGAAGCUGUCAGCCCGGCUACAGGAGGCUGAGGAGGCAGUGGAAGCCACCCAGGCCAAGUGCUCAAGCCUGGAGAAAACCAAGCAGAGGCUUCAGGGAGAGGUGGAGGAGCUCUGUGUGGACCUGGAGAAGGCGAACAAUGCAGCAGCAGUGCUGGAUAAGAAGCAGCGUAUGCUGGACAAGCAGCUGGGUGACUGGAGGCUAAAGUGUGAGGAGCUGGUGGCCGAGGUGGAAAGCUGUCAGAAGGAGAGCAGGCAACACGCUACUGAACUGUUCAAACUCAAAACAGCCUAUGAAGAGGCCAUGGAACAGAGUGAUGCUCUACGCAGGGAGAACAAGGCCUUCCAGGAGGAAAUUGCUGAUCUCACAGACCAACUUUCGGAUGGGGGCAAGAGUGUCCAUGAGCUCCAGAAAAUGAAAAAGAAAAUUGAGAUGGAAAAGGAAGAACUGCAAGCCUCACUGGAGGAGUCUGAGGCAGCAUUAGAGGCCGAGGAGACUAAGGUGCUCCGGCUGCAGCUGGAGCUCUCUCAGGCCAAAGCAGACAUGGAGCGCAGACUGCAGGAGAAGGAGGAGGAGCUGGAUGCUGCCAGGAAAAGCCACCAGAGGGCAGUUGAGUCACUGCAGGCCAGUCUGGAUGUAGAGGUGAAGGGCCGGACAGAAGGGGCCCGUCUGAAGAAGAAGAUGGAGAGUGAUAUAAAUGAGCUGGAGCUGCAGAUGGACCUGCUCAACAAGAACAACGCAGAGCUAAUGAAGACUGUCAAAAAGAUGCAACAGCAGACUAAGGACCUGCAGGUGCAGCUGGAGGAGGAGACGAGAGGGCAGGAGGAGCUGAGAGAGGAGCACACACUGCUGGAGCGACGGUGCACUCUGCUGGUCACUGAGGGCGAGGAGAGUCGUGCAGGGCUGGAGGCUGCAGAGAGGGCUCGCAAGGCCCUGGAGACGGAGCUCCAAGAGACCACAGAGAAAUACAACGAUAUCAACAACCAGUUACAGUCCGCCUCCAGUGGCAAGAGAAAGUUGGAGGUAGACCUUCAGCAGCUGACCCAAGAGCAUGAGGAACUACAGAAUGAACUGAGGGGAGCCAACGACAAGAUCAAGAAAGCUGUGUGUGAGACUGCAAGAGUGGCAGAGGAGCUGAGGGUGGAGCAAGAGCACACUAUGCAUCUAGAGCGGGUGAAGAAAGGCCUGGAGGCCCAGCUCAAGGACAUGACUGUCCGACUGGAUGAGGCUGAGCAGUUGGCCAUGAAAGGAGGCAAGAAGAUCAUUCAGAAGCUGGAAGGAAAGGUGAAGGAGUUAGAGCUGGAACUGGAAACAGAGCAGAAGAAAUACGCAGAGACGGUGAAGACCCUGCGGAAGAACGAGCGCCGUCUCAAAGAGCUACUCUUUCAGUCCGAGGAGGACCAGAAGAACCAGCUGAGAAUGCAGGAGCUGGUGGAGAGGCUGCAGAUCAAAAUGAAAACCUACAAAAGACAAGUGGAGGAAGCGGAGGAGCAGGCCAACAUGAACCUGGCUAAAUAUAGGAAGACUGUCCAUGAGCUGGAUGAUGCAGAAGAGCGAGCUGACAUAGCUGAGUCUGCUUUGACAAAGAUCAGGACCAAGAACAGAGGCAGUUUUGGAAAAGGAUACUCAUCAGGUUAUAGCACUCCAUAUCCCGGGGUUGUAAGAUCACCCAGCUCUGUUGGUUCAGAAGGCAGAGGUGAGAAGAUCCUCACUGAUGACGAUGAAUCAGUCAGUUCUCUCAUUCCCACUUAUCUCAACUCCCUCAAGAAACUCAUGAUCGACUAAAGCGUUUUUUUUCCUGGCCUCGAACAUAAAUUGGGAGCUCUGAAUCAAGAUUUCAAAUGAUAAAAUAUCAAACUUUGGUCAACACUAGCAUCUAUAUUCAGUAUUAUUCCUUUUUAAACUAUGUUGUGCAAUUUGUGUGAAACACAGCACAGUCUGGGACUAACUGUGCAAGGUCUGUUUGUUGUUUGGGUCUGUACUACAGAACACAAGUAGGAAGUGAAAGUGCAGAAUGUCAGCUUUAAUCAACAUAGAAUCACUGUUUAUAAUGUCAAAGCUGACAUUCAGCACACUUCCUCCUAUAGUUGUUGUUUUCAUUUUUAAUUCAGUGGAAACAGAUCUUGUGUUACUGUCUGGAUAAUUACACUGUGCUGUGUAUGUUCUCUUUGCCAAAACUUUGCCAUAAAAUGUUUUUUAAACUACCAUCAUAAACCCAUCUGGACACCUUGAUCUGGAUAUGCAUCUAAAUGCAUCUGUCUUUCCAAGAUGCAUUCUACAACUGAAAACUCCCCCAAUACAACCAGAACACCCUUAAUAAUUGGUGUACACCAGAAUACAAUCCAGAUACUAGUCACGUUAAUGGACCAGGUGUAAACAAGGUCAUAUGUAUGAAUAAUUAAGAUUAAUUGUUAUUUGUGUUUUCAAAGGUAAAAUAUUUCAAAUGAAUAUUUAAAGAAAUUAAAAGCUAUCCAUAGUAAAGUAUUUUAGUAUACAUUUACCUACAUUUCAACUCUGUAUAAAAAAAACAACAACAAAAGUUAUGCUCAAUCCCUGUAGUGUCCAGAAAUAAAUCAGUUAUAAACCGAUUCCUAGAAAGCUAUAUAUAAGCAUUUGGAAAUGUAUGUAUUUUAUGUACUCCUGAUUCCCGAAAAUGUAAAACAUAAGUUUUUAACAAUAAACAUAUUAAAAUGUG